UCGAUAUCGAUAAUAUCGCUCAUUUCUAGCAUUGUGUAAUUUAUCAAUGGUUGGUUUAAUUAAUCAGCCAUCAAAAUCAAUCAACCUAUUUAAUUAAUUAAUUUAUUUGAUAUUGUGCAUCUUUGGGCUAAAAUGGCGCAAAGGUACGGCAGAAGACCGGUUCUCAGAUUUGUAUCUGCAAUGCUAACAGCGAAUCUAAUUUUGAGUCUUCUCCUGGAAACUCUGCUUUUUGGCUGCUCUACUGCUGCAUCAUCACAGAAAUCUGUCGAUUCCUAUGAAGAAAAUGAGUUUGCUGAGUUUGAAGAGUUUGAAGAAGAGGAACCAGAUAUCCCAAAAGUGCAAAGAUCUGCUGAACCAGUCAAACCACCGGAUUCAGAAGAAGAUGACUUAGUGGACUCGACUGUGGACAAUGAAGAUGAUGAAUUAGAUGUUGUAGAAGAGAAUGAAGACUUUGAUCCAGGUGAUUCCAAAGGAGAUGCUGAUGCAGGGUCACCAACACCAUCAUCCGCUCAUAGACCUGAUAAUAUUGAAAUCACCAAAGUGCCAAUCCAUCUUAGAAACAGCUGGGAAAGUUAUUACCUCGAAGGAUUAAUGAUUUUGUGUCUUUUUAUUUAUUUUGUUAACUUUAUAAUUGGUAGAGAUAAAAACCAGAGGUUAGCUGAUUCAUGGUUUGAAGGCUAUAGAGAUUUGCUUGAAAAUAAUUUUUGUCUUGUUGGAGACGAUGGAAAAAAAGAGAUUGAAAAUCUUGGUUUGAUAAAAGAGACUGAGAAUGUUUUCACAUUAUGGUGUAGCGGCAGAACCUGUGUUGAAGGUAUGCUUGUUGAAUUGCGAUUUAUAAAAAGACAAGAUUUAAUUAAUUCUAUAUCGAGGAUCGUUAUGCCUUCACACGAUGAGAUUUUAAUUCGUGUAUAUCUUAAUCAAGAUGCUAUGGAUACGUUUGUUUUUACAGCCGCUCAUAAAAAAAUAGCUCCUAAAUUAGUUAAAGAGAUGAACGAUUUUGCAACUUUCGCUCCUAAGAUAAAGUCUAUGGAGAAAUAUGGAGUAUCUGAUACUAAUUAUGUCAUGAUGAACGAAAUUGGUGAAGUUGCUGGGGCUAUUUUAGACUCAAAAAUUGUCAGUUUACUUAAUAAAUAUCCAGAUGCCAUCCAGUAUAUUCAUAUUUCCGACCAAUACUCCGGUUAUCGGCUGAACGAAGAUGCUCCAUUAGUCAAAUUUCCUGAUAGACGAAGAGUUAUGAUGUUUGGUUUCAAAUAUCCUAAUAGUGGAAAUACAACUGCCGAAGAUAUUGAAUCUUUCAAGCCUCUUCUUCAGAUGGUUUUUUAUUUAAUUGAAAAAGUCCGUCGCUUCCGUCUGAGUCGAGAGGGUAAAAACAAAGCCAAUAAAAAUAGACAAAAAUUGGAAGAAUUGUUCCUAAAAGCAACUCACUCACAACGCCAGGAAGCUGCUCAAGCUAAAAGAGAGGAAAAGAAAAGAGCCGAAAAAGAGAAGAUACUUAAUGAGGAAGAUCCAGAAAGACAACGUAAAUGGGAAGAGCGGGAACAUAGACGAGAAAUGAAGAAAAAGACAUCGAAAAUGAAGCAAAUUAAAAUUAAGGCUAUGUAAUUUAAAUUUUGAAAUAUGGUAAACAAUAUAUUCGUUAGUUAUAGAUUAGAGCCGAUGAGCCUCUCUCUCUUUCUUUCUUUUGUUAAAUUAAUGCAACUAAUUUCACUGCUAAUGAUCUGUUCUUUCAACCAAAUUUGAAUCUUUAUCAAUUAGUAAUCAUCAUACCUCGUUCUCUUCAAUUGUCUGGUAAUUAACGAGAUGCAUAUAAAAACUAGACGCACUGUUAAUUUAAAAGGAUUCUAUCUAUAUUAAGUUAUCGCAUAACUUCUCCAUUGAAAGGAACUUAAGUUUAUUCUAGACUUGCAAUCACGCAAAUAAAUCCCUUUCUGAGUUUUGUUCUUAGUACAAAUAAUACAGUAUCAUGGGUCGCAAAUAAAUUUUUUUUACAUUUA